AUGUCUGAGCAGUUGCAGCCACAGCAGGUUGGUUUUGGUACAGCGAGGGGGUGUGAGGCGGCUAUACAUGCGACUAGAUCGUUUGUUUUAAGUAACGAUAACUCUAAUAGUGUCCUUGUCAAGAUUGAUUUAAAAAACGCGUUCAAUUGUGUUGACAGGGACGUUAUUCUGAAGGAGGUUUUAGAUUUGGCGCCGUUUCUCUACCCUUUUGCGUAUCAAUGCUACUCGGGUGCUAGCAACUUGUAUCUCAAGGACAGCUUAAUCUUGUCGCAAGUUGGGGCUCAACAGGGCGAUCCUUUGGGUCCUUUGAUUUUUUGCUUGGCGAUACAAAAGGCCAUUGUCGCAUUAAACUCGCCUCUUAAUGUGUGGUACCUUGACGAUGGUACCAUUGGUGGAUCGCCUGAAGCGGUAAUCGAGGACCUAAAGAAGCUUAUACCAGCUUUGAGGGAGAUUGGGUUGGAAGUAAACCCAACAAAAUGUGAGCUCUACGCUUGUGGUCUCGUACCGGAUGCCUCGUCAAGAUCUCUGGAAGAGUUGCUACCAGGUAUUAAGAAGGUCAAUAAAGCUUCUCUUUCUCUGCUGGGGGCGCCAAUAUUUCCUGAUGGGGUCAGUGCGGCUCUGCAGACUAAAAAAGAGGCUCUUGUAGCAGUGCGGGGUCACUUGGGGAAUCUGUCGUCCCAUGUCGCUUUAACAUUGUUGCGAAAUUGUUUUGCCACUCCGCGGAUGACUUAUAUUUUACGGACGUCGCCAUCGUGGCUUUUUGUCGACGACGCGAGGGAGUUAGAUGGACAGCUGAAGUUGACCUUGGAGCUAGUUCUGAACGUGGAGCUCAGUGAAGCACAGUGGGUUCAAGCGGCACUCCCUGUUCGGUACGGUGGUUUGGGGAUUCGUCGCGUGGAGGAUGUGGGACUAGCGGCGUUUCUUGCGUCUUCGUUUGGAGCUGAGGGUCUUGUCACUCGCAUUUUUUCUUUGAAUGGUGGCAUUUCCCCGGUCCCAUUCGUUGCUGAAGCGCUGGCAAGAUGGUCGGUCACAGUCCCGGGCGAUUUGCGGCCUCACAACCCUGCCGUGCAGCGGGAAUGGGACGACGUGCGGAGCAAACAUGUAUACAGCUCAUUGGUGUCUGGUGCCUCGGGAGCAGAUCUGGCGCGUCUCAAGGCCAUCGCGGAGCCAGAAUCAGGGGCGUGGCUCCAUGCAUUGCCCUCACCUCAACUGGGUACCAUGCUAGACAAUGACUCGCUGAGAAUAGCUGUGGCACUCAGAUUGGGGGCAAAGGUGUGUGAGCCUCACCGCUGUGGCUGCGGAGCAUGGGUGGCGGAGAACGGGCAUCAUGGCUUGAGUUGCCGACGAUGCGCUGGCCGUUUUCCGAGACACCACUCUAUAAAUGAGAUUGUGCGGAGGGCCAUGGUUUCGGCAAACGUUCCCUGUGUGUUGGAGCCGCCGGGUCUCAGUCGCACGGAUGGGAAGAGGCCGGACGGCCUUACGUUGGUUCCGUGGCGGAGAGGACGCUGCCUCUUGUGGGAUGCAACUUGCGUGAGCACGUUUGCUGCAUCCCAUUUAGGGCAGACCAUGCGUUGUGCUGGUUCGGCGGCGGAGACUGCUGCCAAGCAAAAGCACGUUAAAUACUCCGCACUGGCAUCCGCUUACGAUUUUGUGCCGGUAGCACUGGAGACAGCGGGGCCGUGGGGAGUCGAAGCUCGCCGACUUUUUGGGGAAAUAGGCCGGCGUUUGCGGGAGAGAGGUGGUGAUCCUCGCUCUGGGUCGUACUUGGUUCAACAGGUCUCCAUAGCAGUUCAGCGGGGGAACGCUGCAGGCAUUAUGGGGACCUUUGAGCCAGGUACGAUGCAGGGUGGGUUAUUUUAA